UUCAGCUUUGCGUUACUCGUGUGCAUUUACGAAUGGAGCGAAAAGUGUUCUUAUAUCAGUAAAUUUGAAAAUCAAAUUCUGAAUUUAUUACAUCAACUAAACGAUUCAAGGCCAUGGAAGUUCCCAAAGAAACAAUCCUAAAGUAUGCCGCCGGCAAUCAAGAGGAUAACUUUUGUCGUCUUUGUUUUAUGAAAUCCUUUAAGCUGCGGAACGUUUUUCCCUUCGGAUGUGAUCCCGAUGGAGAGCUGUACCGGAAAAUACGGGAUUUGGCAUUGAUUCAGCUAGAUUUUGCUACCGAACCCAACUGUUGCGUCUGCUUCCGGUGCAUCACCCGGCUGGAAGAAUUCCGCCAGUUUCAAAACCAAUGCGAUGCUAACAACAAUGCUCUGUUUGAGGCCCUCGGUAAAUCUACCCGUCUCGUUGCACAAGAAAAGCAACCGGAGGAGAAGAAAACCACCGUUCUCAUCAAAACGACACCUGGUUUACUCAAAACACCAAAAGUACUUCUUCAGAAGAUAAACGACAUAGAUCCGUUCAAGGAUUCGGAACCGGUUACUCCAAAAACUCCGACGAAAGCCGAAGAAAAUACUAGAAGAAGUAAACGCCAAUCGGCGUUGCAACAUAAAUUUAUUAAAACCACUCAAGAGCAGUCCGGAGAAAUAGUUGACCGGAGCCACAUCAUCGAACAAAUAAAAAUCGAGCCAGUUUAUGCGGCUUCGUCUGACGAAGAAUCUGAAUUGUUCGCUAACGAGAUUACCAGUUCCAGCGAAAGCGAACCGGAAUUCAAGAGAAAGAGGAAGGUUUUUCGAUCAACCAAAUCAAAAACACCAACCGAUUCUGGGGUGCCCCCGAAGAAGCGAACGAGUCGAUCACGUUUGAAUGUUUCCGCGGAAACCGAUCUCGAUGAAUCUUGUGAGCAAACCGGGAGUUCCACCGAGUACAGACUGUACAAUUGCGGCCAUGGCGGUGUAAAUGUUUCGUUCCGUGGCAAUCGGUACCUCAAAUUUCGUAUGCAUAAGAAAGCAGACGACCAGCCGCGAAUAUACUGGAGAUGCAUCGAAGAGAAUUGCAGAGCACAGGUUUACACCGAAAACGCAAAUUGGGGGACCGUUUACUGGCAAGAGAAAACUAACAAGCAUAACCACUCGACAGAUAUUGACGUAGACGGAAUGGUAGAUGCCUUGGUAAACAGCCAAGAUCAAGAUGGUUUGCAGAAUGCCGAGGAUGAAAAGUUGGAGGUGUUGGCUAGUGGCAAAAAAUAUUACAAAUAUUCGAUUCUUAAAUUGCCCAAUGGCGAUGAUAUUUUUGUUUACGGUGGUCACCGACAUCUCCUACUCACGGAAAAGGCCAAUGGAAUGAAACUAUACGGAUGUACUGUCAAAACGUGUAGAGCAGUGAUCUAUUACAGGAAUGUAAAUGAUUGGAAUAUCUACAGUGGGUCAGGCAACAUGGCCAAAGAACCGGUUACAUAUAGGAAAUGCCACAAAAUUAUGUCUUUCGAAAAUCACUAUUAUUACUACAGUGGAAAUAGAUUUAAAUAUCAAAAGGCUGCCUUGCAAUGGUACUGUUACCUGAGAAAAUCGCACAAAUGCAAGGCUUCAAUCACCACAACGGAACAGGAAGUCGUACUGAGUAAUAACAACCAAAUGCGGAAAAGGCCACAUAACCAUUCAAAGGAUGCGUACAAUUUGGAUGAAAUGCAAAAUAUCAUUAUAGGUCAGGAGGCAAUUCCCCCAAUCGAAUCGAGCGAAUAUCACGUGGCAAAGAACGUGUACGGUUUCGAUUUUAUCAUUUUUGAAGGGCUCCGCUACACCAUAGCGAGUAGUAGGACCAACGGAAUUAAGUUUUGUCGUUGCGUAGAGGCGGUUGAAUGUAAAUCAACUAUUUUUCUGCACCCUAACGGUGUCAUCGUUAAGUAUAUGUCCGAUAACGACCAUUCCCAUCAGCUUCCAACAGAGCCACUUGACAUUGGUGCAUCGGACUAUGUCCUCCAAACACCAGCCGAGGAACGUAUCGGAAAAAUGUUCUGGUGGCACAACGGUUUCAAAUACCGCCGACAAUAUGGAAGUGAUGAUAACAGAGUUCGCUACCGUUGUGUUGAGCGUUUUGAAGGCUGUACGGCUUCCUUCACGUCCGACGCUUUCGGCAACCUGUUACGGGACAAUACGACAAUCCACAACCACCGCCAGCCCCACGACGAUAAAGAACGGUUGCGAGCUCAGUUCGAAUCAGAAGGCACCGCCGACUAUCAGUUAGAGAAGUGCCCGGUUGAUGGUUGGGAUGUAAUAACAUACGGCGAAGGUCGCUACUGUCACUUCUAUAACCAUCGGGAUGGAUGGCGCGUUUGGCGUUGCUUCGCCGGUCCCAGUUGUCGCUCUACUCUGUUCCAGGACCCAGCCGACGGGCGGGUAUUCAAUCCAGAAGAGUUUCUACACCAUCACGACGACAUACGGUCGGGCACUAGAAGAGCAACGAGGAAAAAAGAAAAAGAACGGGCUGCCCAGCGACGGGCUCAGGAGAAAAAUGUUUUCAGCGACUCGGCAGAAAGCGAAGAACUUCAUUACGAUCUAGAAUAAGUUGACGAUCAUGUUGGGCAUCCAUGCUGUUGUUUUAUGAAAUGAUUAUUUUAAGGAUUACCAUUUGUCAUUCACGAAAAAAAACCGUUUUUUCUAAAUUUUAUCUUUAUUCCUUCAUUUAACGUAUAAUGCAUACCACAACAUAAGUGUAAUAAAAUCCGCUUUUCAGAUAAUGGGUACUUUAAUCUACAGCCAAAUGCUCAUGUUGUUGUAAAUAGCUGACGCUCACAUUGGCCUCUUCCGCUAUGCUGGUAUCGUCGAUGAUGCUGGAAUCAUCGACCACUACCCCACUCUUGAUGUCCAUUGAUGUUUCGAGAGCCAUCGAACUCUCACCGGGUUCGACCUUAGACUUAUCCGAUGAUCCUCCGCCGGAUGCGCCAGACGAUCUGACGCCGACCCCGAGCCAUUCCAGCGACUGGGCCAACGGAUGGUCGGCGUGCUUUUUGGUCUUCAAAUGACAAAUUAGAUUUUUCUUGAGCGAAAACUCUCGUCCACAGAUCGGGCAUCGGAAUGCCGGACCCUGUUCGUGUUCCAGGACGUGCACUUUUAGGCGCUGCCGAUCAUUGAAAACUUCACCGCACUUGCUGCAACGGUAUUCCUCCGGGAAGUGCUUUUUGCGCAGAUGGCCCCCGAUGGCCGUGGUGAUACAGUUGCAGAUCAGACACUUGUACUUUUUCAGUGCCCCCGGUGUCGGGACUUCAUCUGGAGGUGCAUCGACGUAGAACUGGGUCCAGCGGCCGGGCGACUGAUAGUUUUCGUUUUUCUCGUGACGCUUCUCGUGCCAGCGCAGUGAGUUUAUGGAUGUGUACCUGUGGAGAAGAU